AUGUCGCGUCAUUUUACGCAAAUAUUUAGUAACCUAACUUUUAGUAAAAGCACCUAUGGUAUAAAUAUUCAAAGAAAAUUUCAUUUAUUUCGUAAUAAUAAAAGAUCUCAACUCAAAAUCCAAACAAGUUCAACAAGUUUUAGAUGUCUUCACGAGGAUUUAGGGUUUAUAUCAAAGCAUUAUCGGCCAAAACCUGGGGAAGUAUUGGAAUUUCUUAAUAGAAACUAUAAAUUCCCAAAACCAACUGAAUCAAAAGAUAUUUUGCUCGUCAAAUGUCCAAAGUGUCGUCCAAAAAAGAUAAAUUAUACACUCAAAAUAGACAUUCACUUUGGUACAUAUAAGUGUACGAAUUGUAUGCAUCAAGGUUUAUGGUGUGACUACGUACAUUCGAUAACCAAAACUAGCGAAUUUCAAAUUUUGGAUACUUCACAAUUAGGGUUUAAAGUUGAAAGUGAAUUUUCUAAAUCAGAAGAAGAAAUAGAAAAUUUUCCAAACAAUCUACAUAAUGAUCAAGAAAUUAUUGGUGAGUUUGUAAAUAAGCAUGGUAUAAUGAAAGAUACACUUGUUGAGUAUCAAGUAGGAAUUGGCGAAUUUGAAAGUGAUAUUCCAAACCCAGAAACCCCUUCCCAAUUAAUAAAGUGCAUAACAUUUCCGCGAAUGGCACCGAAAUUUAGCAAUGAACCAUGCGAUACAUUGAGCUCAAAGAUAACGCGAAUUAAAGCUUGCAAAGCUAAUCCUUUGGAUAGUCCGGAACUAGUUACCUAUGAUCCGGCUGAAUUUGUUCCUGGACUAUUCGGGUAUCAUCUAGCUAAAUUGGAAGAUAAUGCCAUCAUAAUUACAAGAAAUGAAUAUGAUGCGAUGGCAGCUUAUCAAGAAACAAAAAUACCAGCUGUUUGCCUUCCCACUCAAGUAAAUCAAUUACACUCUCAAGUUCUCCCUUUAUUAGAGAGAUUUUCUAAAAUAUAUGUUUGGUUAGAUGAUGAUGUGAACGGUCAAGAUUGUGCAGAAAAAUUUGUGCAAAAGUUGGGAAUUGAUCGUUGUGUAAUUGUCAACACCAAGUGCAAUUCCUAUAAUGGACCGAUCAAUGCAUAUGAAGCCUUAAAACAAGGAAGAGAUUUGAAUGAACUUCUUGAGUUAGCAAAACCAUUACAACAUGAACAAAUUCUUAAUUUUGAUGGUUUGAAAGAUGCAGUAUAUCGGGAAAUUACCAAUCCAAAUCAAGUCCGUGGAGUUUUAUCUCGUGAGUUGCCGGGUUUAAAUAAAAUUAUGAAAGGGCAUAGAUUAGGUGAAUUAACAGUAUUUACAGGUCCUACUGGAACUGGGAAGACGACCAUACUAAGUCAAAUAUCAUUAGAUUAUUGUAAAUCAGGUGUAAGCACACUAUGGGGAAGCUUUGAAAUAUCAAAUGUACGUUUAGCCAAAAAAAUGUUGACUCAAUUUGCAGGAAAAGAUUUAUCUAAACAUCCAAACGAGUUUCAUAUUUGGGCAAAACAAUUUCAACAGCUACCAAUGUAUUUUUUAAAAUUUUUUGGUAGUACCGAAAUUAAAGGUGUGAUUGAAGCUAUGGAACACGCGAUCCAUGCGUUCGAUGUUCAACAUAUAAUAAUAGAUAAUUUACAAUUUAUGACAUCAGAUCUAGGGAGACAUCAUUUAGAUAAAUUUGAAAUACAGGAUCGUGUGGUAUCUGCUUUUCGCAAGUUGGCCACCGAAAAACAUGUUCAUAUAUCAGUAGUGGUUCAUCCAAGAAAAGAAAGUAGAGAAUUAUUAGAUAUUAACUCUGUUUUUGGAACCGGAAAGAUUACACAAGAAGCGGACAAUGUCGUUAUAAUUCAAAAGGUAGAGGAAUAUAAAGAACUACCCAGGGAAUAUAAAGAAUUACCCAGAGAAUAUAAAGAACUACCCAGAGUAUAUAGUGAACCACCACAAAUAGUGAUACCAAUAGAACAACAACAAUUAAUAAGCAUGUCUUGA